GGCAGCUCCUCCUCAGUACGAGGAGUGGAAGAAGAGCCGAGCAGCGUGGAUAUGUCGGACCCGGCGGCGCAGGCCUUGCAACCCCGGCUUCUCCAAGCCCAGUCAGCUGGGUCAGCUGGGUCCAGUACUGCCGCGACAGGCUCUGGGUCCGGGAGCAGUGACCCGGCGAGACCGGGACUGAGCCAGCAACAGCGUGCAAGCCAGAAGAAAGCCCAAGUCCGAGCUUUCCCACGGGCGAAAAAGCUCGAGAAACUUGGCGUCUUCUCCGCAUGCAAGGCAAGUGAUACAUGCAAGUGCAAUGGGUGGAAAAAUCCCAAUCCACCGUCAGCCACACGGAUGGACCUGCAGCAGCAAGCAGCCAGCCUGAGUGAGCCCUGCCGCAGCUGUGGACAUGCUCUGGCUGAUCAUGUGUCCCAUCUGGAGAAUGUGUCUGAGGAGGAGAUUAACAGGCUGCUGGGGAUGGUGGUGGAUGUGGAGAACCUGUUUAUGUCCGUGCACAAAGAGGAGGACACUGACACCAAACAGGUCUACUUCUACCUUUUCAAGUUGCUGAGGAAAUGCAUCCUGCAGAUGAGCCAGCCGGUUGUUGAGGGAUCUCUUGGGAGUCCACCGUUUGAAAAGCCCAACAUUGAGCAGGGAGUUUUAAAUUUUGUUCAGUAUAAGUUCAGCCACCUGGCACCAAAGGAAAGGCAGACCAUGUUCGAGCUGUCAAAGAUGUUCCUCUUGUGCCUAAACUACUGGAAGCUGGAGACGCCGACACAGUAUCGCCAGCGCACCCAGAAAGACGAUGGAACGGCAUACAAGGUUGACUACACCAGGUGGCUUUGCUACUGCCACGUCCCUCAGAGUAACGACAGCCUCCCGCGCUACGAGACCACUCAGGUGUUCGGCCGCAGUUUGCUCAAGUCCAUCUUCACUGUGACACGUCGACAGCUGCUGGAGAAGUUCAGGGUGGAGAAGGACAAACUGCUACCAGAGAAACGCACACUCAUCCUCACACACUUCCCCAAGUUCUUGUCCAUGCUGGAGGAGGAAAUCUACGGCGAUAAUUCACCCAUCUGGGAGGCUGACUUCACCAUGCCAGCCUCUGACGGCACACAGCUGGGGCAUCAGACAGUGAUCAGUCCGGCUGCAGUGUCCGGCUCUCCUGCACUGCCAAAGGGUCUGAGCAGUAUCUCCUCUCUGAGCAGCAUGGAUGCUACAGGAGCAGAACCCAUCACAGGAGAGAAACGUAAACUCCCUGACGCCCUCACCUUGGAGGACGCUAAGAGGAUCCGUGUGAUGGGGGACAUUCCCAUGGAGCUGGUCAAUGAAGUCAUGAUGACAAUCACUGACCCUGCUGCCAUGCUGGGACCAGAGACUAAUCUGCUGACGCCUAACGCUGCCCGCGAUGAGACUGCCAGGCUGGAGGAGAGGCGGGGCAUCAUAGAGUUCCAUGUGAUCGGAAACUCACUUUCCCAGAAGUCCAACAAGAAGAUUCUGAUGUGGCUGGUCGGCCUGCAGAAUGUCUUCUCUCAUCAGUUACCUCGCAUGCCCAAAGAGUACAUCACCAGGCUGGUGUUUGACCCGAAGCACAAGACCCUCGCUCUUAUCAAGGACGGCCGUGUCAUCGGUGGCAUUUGUUUUAGGAUGUUUCCCACUCAGGGCUUCACUGAGAUUGUCUUCUGUGCCGUCACAUCCAAUGAGCAAGUUAAGGGCUACGGUACCCACCUGAUGAACCACCUGAAAGAGUACCACAUCAAACACAACAUCCUCUAUUUCCUCACGUAUGCUGAUGAGUACGCCAUUGGCUACUUCAAGAAACAGGGCUUUUCCAAAGACAUCAAAGUGCCGAAGAGUCGAUACCUGGGAUACAUCAAAGACUAUGAGGGAGCGACCCUCAUGGAGUGUGAGCUGAACCCCAGAAUCCCUUACACUGAGCUCUCCCAUAUCAUUAAAAGACAGAAGGAGAUUAUCAAGAAGCUGAUUGAGAGGAAGCAGAGCCAGAUCAGGAAGGUGUACCCGGGUCUCACCUGCUUCAAAGAGGGAGUGCGGCAGAUCCCAGUGGAGAGCAUCCCGGGCAUAAGAGAGACGGGCUGGAAACCCAGUAGCAAAGACAAAGGGAAAGAGGUGAAGGAUCCUGAUGUGUUAUAUAACAUGUUAAAGAAUCUCCUAGCCCAGAUAAAGACUCAUCCUGAUGCCUGGCCCUUCAUGGAACCUGUGAAAAAAUCAGAGGCUCCAGAUUACUACGAGAUCAUCCGCUUUCCCAUCGACCUGAAGACCAUGACGGAGAGACUUAAGAACAGAUACUAUGUGACCAAGAAGCUUUUCAUUGCCGACCUGCAGCGGAUCAUCAGCAACUGCCGCGAGUACAACCCUCCAGACAGCGAGUACUGCAAGUGCGCCAACACCUUGGAGAAGUUCUUCUACUUCAAAUUAAAAGACGGAGGCUUGAUCGAGAAAUGAACUCUUCUGUUUGAUGAAUGCAGAGUAACUUUGACAGCAGAGAUGCACCGAGGGGAGCAAAUCACGAGGAGGACAUUUCUAGCUGUUGUCAUAUCUGAGUUAAUAGAGGGGAUACGUACACAACUGACAAACUGUACAGGGGAGUUAUUGGACUGGAACAAAUCUAACUUAAUGUGGUUGUUUGAAAAUAUCAGAGCCAGUUGAGCGUUACAAAGUGUCAAAAUGGCAUUAGCUUUCCCCUUAUAGUCAUCUUCAGCCAUUUUCUAUUGUGUAGUACUCACAGUGUGUUAAUAAUCUGCAUCAACACGUUUCAUUAAGUGUACCAAAGGUAAAGGUCCAAAUCACAACAAUGCCACGCUUUUCCACUCUUACUUAGAAUAUGGUCGACCUGGUUUUGUCACAUUAUCGCCGUUUAUUCAUUCCAAUGUCCCAUUCAUCACACGAGAUGUGUGUGUGUGUGUGUAGUGUAGAGAUGCUUUCAUAGAAACUGGACCUCGGGACCUAAAGCCACGUUGCCUUCUGUUACUGACACACUUGAACAUCCCAGCCAUCUUCAUGGGUUUUAAGAGAAAUAGUGUGCGUGGGUGGAAGUUCUUAAAACACUUAGACACUAGAUGGAUAAUCCAAUAUUAUUUAAGUAGUCUUGAAAUAGUGAAACCAUAUGUUUGGUUAAAAAUGAAUCUAAUACAAUUGCUGAAACUGUUUAUUUAAGUGAGAUGAACGUUGGCUGGUUAUAGCUCUUAAGAAGUCAUGACUUGUUGCUGUUUGUUUUCAUUCCAGUGUAUAUUCAGUAUCUUUGAAUAUCAAUUAUUACUUUUGGGUCAAAAAAAGUAAUAACUGAUCAUUUGGACUUGAGAAGCAUUAUUUACAAUAUUCUUUCUCAGACUGUCUGAUAACAAGACUCCUUUGUUGCAGCCUCACUCUGGGCUCAUUUAAGACUCUGCUUGUGAUGGACUGGGCAUUCACUUCUUUUAGCACUUGUGUGCUAAACAAAACAACAUCCCCAAUCGCUGCCUUCAAGAAAAUACUGUCGAUGUAGAGUUGACAACACUUCAUUCAUACACUUCAGUUUGUACACCGUUUUCCACAAGCAGGGUUUUACUCCACACAUUUAGAGGUUACACAGUAGAGACGCUUUUACAAUGUCACAGGUGGUACUGUAUUUGUCAGCAUUGAUUUGUUUUCUUUCUGGACUCUGUGGUAUAGUCACUUCCACAGGUUGCAAUGUUGUCACAGGUUUACCGGGUAGUUUGUGUUGAUGAAACGUUAACAUGGAGAGGGACAUGCUUGAAGUACGCUCCUCAAAGUGAGUCAGAGAACUCUGGUUAAUUUAAAGCAACACACACAGGCUGUGGUAGACAUUAAUGCAUGGCGAGCAGUUUACAAAUGAAACAUGUUCAACCUUUAGUCUCUCUUGUUGCAGUUUUUUUACAGUGCUAUAAACAUUGUAACGAAAACAUCUCUGUUCAGCUGUUGUUGUCAAAUAGAGUGCUUCCUGAGACGCAGGGAGAACCUGUCCCAUGCUGGUUGAGUCUGCUUGUUGAAUGUCCCAUUGACUUUUGUAUGUGUGUGUCUGUGUGUGUGUGUGAGACUGUGUUUAUUUUGUACUUGAAUCAUGACUAGCUUUGAACUAAAGAAGUGAUGUCAGUGUUGCAUUAUUCAGGGUUGUCGAUAGCAUACUUGUCCCUCAGUCUACCUAUGCUGCAUUUCAGAUUUUCUAAAACAAAAAAAAAGGUCAGUCUGAGUGAACUUUCUGCCUGUGGGAGGACGGCUCUCUAGUUAUAAAUACCAUUUACUGUAACUGUAAUACUAUUCAUGAGAAUUAAACAUUUUUUAAAUAAAGAUUUCUUCAAAGUGCAA